AUGGAUAACGAAGUUGAAAAAAAUAUUGAAAUCUGGAAAGUCAAGAAGUUGGUUCAGGCUCUAGAAAAAGCCAGAGGAAAUGGUACUUCUAUGAUCUCUUUGGUUAUUCCUCCUAAGGGUCAAAUUCCACUAUACCAAAAAAUGUUGACAGAUGAAUAUGGUACCGCGUCAAACAUCAAAUCUAGGGUUAAUCGUCUUUCAGUAUUAUCGGCGAUCACUUCCACUCAACAAAAGUUGAAGCUAUAUAAUACCUUGCCUAAGAACGGGUUGGUUUUAUAUUGUGGUGACAUGAUCACUGAAGAUGGUAAAGAAAAGAAAGUUACUUUUGACAUUGAACCAUACAAGCCUAUUAACACAUCGUUAUAUAUGUGUGAUAACAAAUUUCACACGGAAGUUCUUUCGGAAUUACUGCAAGCUGACGACAAAUUUGGUUUUAUAGUUAUGGAUGGUCAAGGUACUUUGUUUGGUUCCGUUUCAGGUAACACAAGGACAGUUUUGCAUAAAUUCACUGUCGAUUUGCCCAAAAAGCAUGGUAGAGGUGGUCAAUCUGCUCUUCGUUUUGCUCGUUUAAGAGAGGAAAAAAGACAUAACUAUGUUAGAAAAGUCGCUGAAGUUGCCGUUCAGAAUUUCAUUACCAAUGACAAAGUCAAUGUCAAAGGUUUAAUCUUGGCAGGUUCCGCUGAUUUCAAGACCGAUUUGGCCAAAUCAGAACUAUUCGAUCCAAGAUUGGCAUGUAAGGUCAUUUCUAUCGUGGAUGUUUCUUAUGGUGGCGAAAAUGGUUUCAAUCAAGCCAUUGAACUUUCUGCCGAAGCAUUGGCCAACGUUAAGUAUGUCCAAGAAAAAAAACUAUUGGAGGCAUACUUUGAUGAAAUUUCUCAAGAUACAGGUAAGUUCUGCUACGGUAUAGACGACACUUUAAAGGCUCUAGAUUUAGGUGCCGUUGAGAAACUUAUCGUUUUCGAAAAUUUGGAAACUAUUAGAUACACAUUCAAAGACGCUGAAGAUAAUGAGGUCAUAAAAUUCGCCGAACCAGAAGCCAAGGACAAAUCAUAUGCCAUUGACAAAGCCACUGGUCAAGAAAUGGACGUGGUUACCGAAGAACCUUUGAUUGAAUGGCUGGCAGCUAACUACAAGAAUUUCGGUGCCAUUUUAGAAUUUAUCACAGAUAAGUCAUCGGAAGGUGCCCAAUUUGUUACCGGGUUUGGUGGUAUUGGUGCAAUGCUGCGUUAUAAGGUCAACUUUGAACAAUUAGCUGAUGAAGAUGAGGAUGAAUAUUAUGAUGACGAUGAAGGAUCUGACUAUGAUUUCAUUUAA